CUGCGCCGGUGCAUAAUCCAGCCUCCUUCUCACCGGGGAACAGUGGAGUCGAAGCGGAGGCUGCCAAAGGAGACGGGCGGAGACGCGCUUCAUCCAGCCACUAUGGAUGUUUUAGAGGAAGACGGCUACUACGGUGAAAACAUCAGUGUCAGCUACGAUGACUAUCCCACCCUGUGCGAGAAGGAGGAGGUCCGCUCCUUCGCCGGCGUCUUCCUCCCGACCGUCUACGGCCUGUGCCUGGUGGUGGGACUGGCUGGAAAUGCGGUGGUGGUGGCCCUCUACGCCUACCACAAACGCCUCAAGACCAUGACGGACGCCUUCCUGACCCACCUGGCCGUGGCCGACCUGCUGCUUCUCCUCACGCUGCCCUUCUGGGCCGCCGCCGCCGCCCGGGGCUGGGAGCUGGGCGAGCCCCUCUGCAAGCUGGUGUCGGCCUGCUACGCCGUGAACUUCAACUGCUGCAUGCUGCUGCUGGCGUGCAUCAGCCUGGACCGUUACCUGGCGCUGGCCCGGGCCCGGGGCGGCGCCGGCGCCGGCGUCGGCCGGCGGCUCCAGAGGGCGUUCGCCAGGGGGAACUGCUGGAAGGUGUGCUCGGCCGUUUGGGCCACGGCCCUCCUCCUCGGCGUUCCGGAUCUGGCGCUCUCCGAGGUGGUGAGGUCCACGUCCGGCCGCAACGUCUGCCUGGCCUCCUACUCUCCGUCGCUGGGGCGAGUCGGUAAGGCCGUGCUGGAGGUGGCGGAGGUGCUGCUGGGCUUCCUGCUCCCUCUCCUGGCCAUGGCGGUCUUCUACUGCAGCGCCGGACGAGCUUUAAAGGACCUCCCCGUGGAGAGCAGAGGCAAGAGGUGGAGAGCUCUGCGGGUUCUCAUCGCGGUCGUGGGCCUCUUCGUCGCCACGCAGCUGCCGUACAACGUGGUGAAGAUGUACCGCGCCAUGGAUUUCGUGUAUCUUCUGGUGACCCACUGUGGGACGAGCAAAGCGCUGGACCGGGCGGCGCAGGUGACCGAGAGCCUGGCCCUCACGCACUGCUGCCUCAACCCCGUCCUGUACGCCUUCGUGGGCUCCUCCUUCAGGCAGCGCAUGGUAAAGGUAGCCAAGAGGUUUGGACAGAAGAGAAGGAUGAGAAACCGAAGGGAUCCUCCUGCAGAGGAGGAAGGAAUUGAUAUGUCUUUUAACAGUGCAUCCCAAGAGACAAACACAUUCUCAAUUUGA